AUGGAGCAAGCAUGGAGGGAUGAAAUUAUUAAUCUUAGAGAUGCAGUAUGUGAAAAUGUUUAUGAAAAAUGUUGGUGGAAAAGAAGAUACACUGCAUGUACUCAACAGGCUCAGAACUUAAAAAGAUAUUAUC